AUGACACAUGAGGGCGGUGCGGUGUGGGGCACCGGCGCUUUCAAUAGAGAACCAGAGUCUGAAAGUCUUGAAAGUCUGAAUGUGUCCAUCUAUGUGUACUCUCUUUUGGACCAAGACCAAGGUCCUCCCCACGCCCGCGUCUCUGCCAACUUCCAAGCGCGACUUGAUAAUGUGAGACGCGCCGCUAGCUCCGAUCGGGAGCUGAUGUGCCGCUGGGAGAUUCAUCAACAGUCGGUGACCACUGGCCAAAAGAAAAGAAAAAUGUAUCCUUUGCGAGGUUUGUGUCAUGUCUUGCUCUUUGGAGUUUGGAGCCUUUUGGCUCUUUGGGUCGAUACUCAUGGUGAACAACUGUCCGUCCAAUCAAAGUCGCCAUUCAAUCAAAGCCAAGUUUGUGGCUAA